AUGUCGGGAUGUAAAAUGCGAAGUGCAUACAGGCCAGGGACAUGGAAAAUGGAGCAGGAACGACGCCGGGAACACGAAAAACGUAAAACGAAAAUGAUCCAAGAGUGGGAAGCAAGACGAGCUCGGGAAUUAAAAGUGAAGAAACAACGGAGACGAUCCAAAUCACGAUCAAGAUCAGCGUCACCCGGAGGCAGCGGACGACGUGGUAGAAGGAAAUCUGCAGAAAAACGAAGAACUCAUUCCAGCAGCAGCAUUCCUGUUAUGUUUGAGAAGUGCGAUACCUCGUCGAAUAAUACUCCACUGUUUAAGGGCAGUGAGGGUAAUAAAAUUGCUGUUAGUGAAUUAAAAAAAAUUACAGUUAAUGUUCACCGAAACCUGCCAAACGCUGAAGGGUCGUCUGGAUUGUUGAGGAAUAUUACCAAUCCUGAUGAAAUCAUCAUCAAACGAAGAGCAGGAGAGGGAUCCAAACCAAUUUUUGAUCGUGAGGAACUGACAAUAAGAGAAUGCAGUACACACGACGCUCCGGAACGUCGAACAGUUGUGCUUCACGAACAUGAAACAGAGAGACCGAGGCGUCAGAGCUCGCCGAGAUCGUCAAGGCAUGAUUCCAACAAAGCGCUAAAUUCACUCACUGAUAGUUGUGGAAUGGAAGACCCUAAAUUUAUUACAAAUGGCGCCCAACGUGGGGCACAAUACUCUUGACCUUGCUAGAGAAUUGUGAAUAAUUAGAAGUCGUUCAUGUCAACAACGCUGACAUCAAGUCGAGUUACUCGGUCAAAUAAAGAAACGGUUCUAAAUCCCGGGUUGGUAACUGAUAGAAAAAUAAGAAAGGGAGCAAAUUCACUGCUGCUAAAGAAAUCAUUAUUGUCAUAUAUUAAUAGUAAUUCUGCACGGUGUCACAAGGAAAUAAAAAUGGAACCAACAAUGGAGGAGUUGAAAAAAAUGCUAGCCGAGGAGCAAGCCAAAGUAAAGAGAGCUGUCGGGGAAAUGGAUAAACGAAAAAAGCAGAUCGAGGACAUGGCUAAAGAAAAUCAAACAUUACAAGCUCAGAAGGCGUACGCUGAGGAAUUGUUGCAGGGGGCUCAGAGGACGGCACAGCAGGCUAUACAAAAUUCUCCCGCUCCACAGCAGAUAGAACAACAACGGCCAUCAGGUUCCCUUAAUGAUGACAUUGUUAGAGGGUCCUGAGUGGAUACCACAAGGCCGAGUUCAGGCACAAAAUCAACCAGGUUUUAGAAAUAGCAAUACCCCACGAAAUGAGUGGAAUAAUUCUCGAGGAAACUCUAGACCAAAACAACCGUAUCAAGGGCAUGGGGGAUACAAGCAAAAUCGUUGGAAUAACAAUCCCGAAGCGGGUGCCUCAGCGAUGAUCCUCCCGGACACGCGCUUUCCCCCACCAAAUCUACCACCGGUAAAUCGCGCACAAAGUGAGGGUUAUGUGAGGAGACAGUCCACGGGAUUCUUACAAAAUAUUAAUUACGUUAAUGAACCGGGAUUAUUCACAUCCAAUUGUGACCCUAAUGAGAGUUCAGUUAAUAUUAAUAAUACCGAAAAAACGAAGCCUUCACCUUCUGGUAAUUUUGUGGAUUUUGUAGAUGAGAUUAGGGAAGAAUUUGAGGGAGCGAGAGGUCCACUCAAACAAAAAUUUAAAUUUGAAGCGUGUCCACAUGUAUAUGUCGAUAUCAUGGGAGAUAAAGGGGGAUCAUGUAAUGAUUUUAAAUUAUUACGAGAAUGCCGCCUCCUAAGGGAGGAGAUUCAUCAUCAUUUCCAGACAUCACCGAUAACGGCGCUGGAUACCUGAUGGGUUGGUGACAAUCGGACGUAGGAAGAUCGCUCUCUCGCCGCUCGACUACCGACCAGUCUGGUCAUUCUCCCAAAUCCGCUCACCAUUAUAUUCGAAUAUUGGUAGGGUUGGGAAAGCGAGAGCCUUCUGCGUUAUUUUAUAUAUUUAGGCGACGCCCUAGUUGCGAGCACUGAUCAGUGACUAUAUUUUUGUAUACGCGGAGCUAUUGAUUUGUGUGUUUAAUUUUUAUUGACGAAGUUUCCCUUCCACGGAAAAAUAUUUUGACGUAUGGAGAUAGGUAUGAUUGUCAUAUAUUAAUAGAUGUGUAUGUGAGUAUGAGAGAAAAAACUAUGUGCUCUAUGAGCUAUAUUCAAGUGAGUAACCAUUAUUUUUAAUUAAAAGGAAUAAGAGAUUAAAUAAAUCUGAAGCCAGUGGGCUAAUAUUUAACUUGAAUGGAUGAGUUGUUAUUUUUGUACUGACCGUUAAUAUUUUUCUAAAUUAUUCGUUAAAUCGCAUAAACUAAAUAAAUUUAUUACACCUCACCGGUGGAAAUACGGUUCCCUUUUUCGGCCGCCAUGUGUCGAGAAUUUAAUCACCCCACUCCACAGAGUAAUCUUUCUCCUUUGCAAUAAUACGCGCCCUCGCCCCGUGACUUGACCGCAACAGCAAUUGAACUAUGGCUUUUUAUUGACCCUAACGACCCCUUAACUAAUGCUUAUAAAUAUCGCGGGACGCCACUAGGACAGAAGUAAAUUGUCGCUCACAAUGGUCCGAGAAUUCGAAAGCAGCCGAAGCCAACUGUUGUAUACCUAUGAAUCUACAUAUUAAGAAUUAAUAGCGGAGCUCGAAUAAACUCCGAUGAACCUUUGAAUCCUUCCCCAAUAAAACUCCUGGUCCUUUCCAAGAUAAUCUUCCAGACUCUUUCCAAAUUAUCGAUAUACUCCCUUUUGUCAUGCAUCCCUCCAAAGACAGAGUUCCUAUUGCUUCAACAGAAAAUAUCCCGUCACAACGAACCAACAAGACAAACUCGUAAAUAGAGGACCGCCGCAUUUUUCCUCAGUAGUAGACUUCCAUUCGGCAUGGACUAAGUAACUAUCUGUCAGAAAGAUAUCCAUAGAACUUGUAUUUGAGUCCGAAAAUGAAGAUUCCAUAGAAGAAGUUACUUCUUUUGUAUUGGAAUCCAACACAACAAACAUUAACUAUUUUAUUAUUUCUUGGUUCCAUCCCCGCUGGCCUCUCGUUUUCAAUGGAUUAUUUCCCUUGUUGGUCCGUUCACCAAUCUGCAUAAUUCCCCAGCCCCACUUCUCUUGGAAAACUCGAAAUCUUUUCCGGAAGUGUGCACGCGCGGUUACCCAUCCUUCUAGUGAUUACGGACAGCGCUACACAGUUAUCCAUAGUUGUAUGAGCCCAUCAUUGCCGUGCGCGGGCCGCUGAGAGCACGGCAGAUUAAUUAACUAACUAAUGAGUUAGGUAUAAUCAUUCAUGUGUUACUAAAAUUUGCCUUGAGGCCGGAGCGAUCGCGGAAGAAGGGAUGAACGACUGCAAGUGCACCCGAGUCAGGAAUAUAAUACCCUUGUGCGAGCUUUCUGCUAGGGGGGGGGGCUCCGUUUGUACUUU